AUGAGUAACGAGUCUCCGCAGGCUCCGGCCCAGCGCCGCUUUCUGCGUCCUAAUCUACGGUCGGCGACGAUGAUUCAGCCGAAAACUGGUGAACGCGUCAAAAAGGCCUUUACCCUGCGCAGAAACGAACGCCGCCCGCACGAGUCGUCCGAAUUCCUACUUGCGCCCGGUCACUUCGAUCCCGCGAGACACCGAGAAAUGGGACGGGUCGAGUGGUUCGGAGACAUGCUCACAUAUAAGCUGCAACAAUGCUACGCGUACGCUAAGAGUCCCAUGGGCAUUGGCAUACUGAAAUGCUCGCUGGCCUAUGUACUGGGCUCGUUGGCGACAUUUGUGCCAGUCAUAGCUGCACUGUUGGGCAGGAACGAUGGCAAGCACAUAGUCGCGACUAUCACCGUCUACUUCCACCCCGCCCGGUCAGCCGGCAGUAUGCUCGAGGCAGUCAUGCUUGCAUUUGCUGCCUUCUCCUAUGCGGCUUUCGUAUCCUUCUCCAGUAUGGCCGUGUCUGUAUACUUUGGAAAUCACCAUCAUUUGAUCAUUGGGCAUAUAAUAGUGCUCAUUGUCUUUUGUGGAGGAGGCUUAGGCCUUGUAGGCUGGACCAAACACAAGCUGGGCAACCCUUUAGUCAAUGUGGCUUGCUCCCUAACAUCCCUCGCUCUCAUCACCAUCCUGACCAAGGAAGGAGCUGUUCAGGCUGCCAAGUUCUCCUACGUUAAAGUCUGGCAGGUAUUGAAGAUGAUCAUCAUGGGCUGUACCGCCUCCGCGCUCGUAUCACUCCUCGUGAAGCCAAGGUCGGCGCGCAACGAGUUUCGGGAUACUUUUAUACAAUCUACUGACGCCAUGGCGGAGAUGCUGAACGGAAUCACCCUCAGCUUUCUUUCCGGUGCCGAAGAAGAUCUCAAGAGCGACACGUUUGUCAAAGCCUCGAAACAGAGUCAGACGACAUUCAAGGCCCUUGUCAAGAACCUGGGGGAAGCAAAAUUCGAGCACUACGCCCUUGGUACUGAGGAAGAGCACAAGAUUAGCUCUAGGCUGGUCAAAUGUCUCGAAAAGCUGAUACAGAGCAUUGGUGGAUUGCGCAGUGCUGCCGAAACACAAUUCACCCUACUUGCGCAGUCGGAGCCAAAUGGGACCUCCCAUACGGAAAGGCGGAGUAGUAUUCUAGCCUCUAUCGAUGAACUACCCGAAAACUCUGCUGAAGCCUCAGGAUUCCCCUCGGCGGCUGAAUCUGAAGAUGAGUCAACUGUACCGAAAAACAAGUCAGAAAGAGUUUCGAGCUUCCUACACUCGAAUCUAACGCCCGCGGACAUGUUUUCUGUCUUCAUCGCCCACUUGGGACCACCAAUGAAAUCUCUCGCAUACACGCUCCGCGAAGUACUCUCUGAGCUGCCAUUCGGACCUGGCCCAGAGUACCACAUGGCUAUCAACGAACACUUCCGCCACAGUCUGGUCGACGCGAAAGCCCUAUUUGCAAACGCCCGACGAGAGGCUCUUUCUGCUGUCUAUAAAAACAAGAUACCAACACGAACCAGCUCGGCGGCAGUCGCAGCCGACUUUGAAGAGGUCGCUGCUAGCUGCGGAUAUUUCAGUUCGUCGUUGCUGGAUUUCGCUGAGGAUAUGGUGGCCUUCCUUGAUAUCCUCGAAGAGCUGAAAGCGAACGUCAACCGGCACCCACGAAAGAGGACCUACAAUUGGCUAAAGUUUUGGCAACAUGGGCGCAAGAAGAGCCAAUUGGGUGACAGCUCUGAAGAAGCUAGUCUCGACGAGAUUGAUGACCACGCGCCAGGAGGCUCGCACGAAAUCCAUAAUCCCAUCUAUCGCAAAUCGACUCGCGGAGAUCCGUAUAAGCCAGAGGACGAGCAGCCCUUGUCCUAUCGUAUCUGGACAUCAUUAGCAGUUUUUAGAAGGGACGACCUCAAAUAUGCUGUUAAAGUCGGCAUUGGUGCAGUUCUCUACGCUAUGUGGUCCUUUGUUGAGCCAACAAGAGAGUUUUACGGCCACUGGCGCGGCGAGUGGGGCCUGUUGUCAUACAUGUUGGUGUGUUCCAUGACGAUCGGUGCGUCCAACACUACAGGUUUUCAGCGAUUUGCUGGUACCUGCUUAGGUGCAGUGUUGGCCAUUGCCUCAUGGAUUGCAGCUGACGAACAUGCCUUUGUCCUGGGAUUCUUCGGCUGGGUGAUUUCUCUCUUUUGUUUUUACAUCAUCGUCGGCCAGGGCAAGGGUCCUAUGGGUCGUUUCAUCUUACUCACGUACAACCUUUCCGCACUCUACGCAUACUCGCUUUCUGUUAAGGACGAGGAGGAUGACGACGAUGAAGGUGGUAUUUCGCCCGAGAUAUGGGAAAUUGUUCUCCAUCGUGUGGUCGCAGUCAUGGCUGGUUGCAUAUGGGGAAUCAUUGUGACACGAGUCAUCUGGCCAAUCUCGGCGCGUCGCAAGGUCAAGAAAGGCACGUCUCUGUUGUGGCUCAAAAUGGGCUUGAUCUGGAAACGUGGCCCUCUGAAGACUAUACUUGAGUCGAGCGAAAACUCGAUGCGAUCGUACUCAUACAUGUCUGAGCGGGAGGAGCUUGAACUUCGACGAUACCUAUCUCAUCUGGACACGCUGCGGACAGCUGCGGCUGCAGAAUUCGAACUCAGAGGCCCAUUCCCGGACAAGAGCUUCAAGAUCAUCCUCGGUGCAACAAGUCGUAUACUGGAUAGUUUCCAUGCUAUGAACGUCGUCAUCCUGAAGGAUUUGAAAGCAUCAGAAGGUGAGAAGGAGGCCUUGAGAUACACCAAAAAAGAGUGGACCGAGUUGAGUUGGCGCAUCAGCCAUUUGUUCUCAGUUAUGGCAUCUUCUAUGAAGCUUGCUUACCCGCUCAAUGACGUAUUGCCCAACGUUGAGCAUACGCGUGAUAGACUGCUAGCAAAGGUCUUCGAGUUCCGGCAAAACGGCCUCGGAAAGGUCAUUGCCAAGGAUGAGGAUUACGAAGUGUUGUAUGCCUACGCGUUGGUGACUGCGCAGCUGGCGCAGGACCUCAACAUCAUCGGACAGGAGAUUGAAAAGCUGUACGGUGUGUUGAUCGACAACCUCACCCACGACCACGGAUACAACAUCAAAAUGGUCAACCUCCGCACUCAGAAGCGCCUCGCGGCCUCCGUGGUCGGUUGCGGAAAGCGCAAGAUCUGGCUCGACCCCAACGAGACCAGCGAAAUCGCCAACGCCAACUCCCGCCAGACCGUCCGCAAGCUCGUCCAGGAUGGCCUCAUCAUCCGCAAGCCCGUAACCAUGCACUCACGUGCCCGCGCCCGGGAACUGACUGCUGCCCGACGAAUUGGCCGACACCGUGGCUUCGGUAAGAGGAAGGGUACCAAGGACGCCCGUAUGCCAAGCCAAAUCGUCUGGAUGCGCCGUCUCCGUGUCCUCCGCCGUCUCCUCGUCAAGUACCGUGCUGCCGGAAAGAUCGACAAGCACCUCUACCACGAGCUCUACCUCCUCUCCAAGGGUAACACCUUCAAGCACAAGCGCGCUCUCGUUGAACACAUCCACAAGGCCAAGGCUGAGAAGGCCCGCGAGAGGAUCAUCAAGGAGGAGAUGGACGCCAAGCGUGCGAAGACCAAGGCAGCGAGGGAGAGGAGGCAGGAGCGUGUGCAGCAGAAGCGCAUUGCUCAGCUGGGCGACGACGCGGAGUAAGCACAUGGCAUGAUGAACACUUGGCGUGGGUCUUUUCAAGGUUAAAGGAGGGCGUCAAUCUCCUUUUUAUCUGGGCAUAUGCGGUCAUGUUUCAUGUAACGUCUGUGAAGGACUCUUCUUCUCCAUGCAUACUCGACCGACAAGGCUGCCCCACUCUGAUCAUCGAUGCUAUGAGUGUACCAUACAAAAAGGAUAUGAGCAUCGGCAUUAGAAACUAGUAGUCAAUCUCGGAGUUGGUCUGCUUUCAGACAUUGAACAUGUAUAUGAUUG